UUUUUUUUUAUUUAUUUCUUACUAAUCUUCAAUUGAAUUUUCUGGGGAUAUUUCUAAAGUUUAAAGGAACAACCCGCAAGAACUUUUCAGAAGUCUGUUUUUUACUACUUACUACGCCACUGUAUUCUACUAUCAUUUAGUUAAAUGGAAGUUGGAAAUAUAAAUUUAACACCUGCCAGCGCGGAACCCUCAUAUCUGCAACUGCCAGAAGAAGCAAUUGAAUUGCAAGGAAAUGAGAAUCAUAGCCAUCCCCUUGAUGGGAGAAAACGUAUAAGGGUUGCAUGCGAUAAGUGUCGUCGCAAGAAGAUUAAAUGCGAUGGGAAUUACCCUUGUAGUAAUUGCCUUCAAUCGCGAGAAUCAAAGUGCCAUUAUACGGAACGACCACCAAAGAAAAAACCAAAACCUCCUCCCAAGGCCAAGCCUCCCAAGAAAUUGAGCAAAAAGGAAUUGACCAUUCAGACCCUUGAUAUGAUAGAUACAAGGUUGUCUACUUUGGAAGACGCAAUAUUUCGCAUGACAGAUAAGUUGGACAUGAUCACUGGUUCCAACGAUGACAAAUUAAAACUACGGAGAAGUUCACGUUCAAGUCAAUAUCAGGAAUACGCAACUAGUCACGACGGCACUUUAUCAGAGGCAACUAGCGAUCCAGAGGACGAUGAGGAACAGAGUGACGUCGAACCAAUAAGCCAGAUAAAAUACCAACACGUGGAAGAUAGUGAUGAGAGCGAUUUGAUAGUUGCAACAGUUAAAGGAGAAGAAGAUAGUUCCACUCUUAUUCCAGCAACUAAACGGAAAGACUAUGUGAGUUUUGGUGUCUUGACUCUGUUUGUUGGAAGUCAUUCAAUCGUAGGUAUGUUCGGAAAGGAAUCGCUCGAUUAUAUUGAAACAAUACUAGGACCUACCAGUUCUAAUAUCAUUACUCCCCUUCGCAAUUUACCAUAUAUACUCUGGACCAAAGUAGCUUCAUUUAUGAAAAAAUGGGUUACACCCCAAGUUGUUGAUAAAACAAAUAGAAAGCGACUUAUUGAGGCGCCAUUUCCUAGCGACUCGAGGAUUGCUUAUGAGUUGGUUGCAGAGUAUUACCCGCUUAUAAUUCUGGCCAAUGUCCUUGUUGAUCAAGGACGGGCAAUGAAAAUGUUCACUGAUUAUUACGAAAAUUUAUCAGAGAAGAAUAUAAAGAAAAGAAAAAGAUUCACUAUAUCUGAACUAUUCCUUAUGUCGGCAGUGCUAUUGAUUGCUAUAACUAGUAAAAUUGAUAUUGAUUCCCUUAAAUAUGUCAAUAAUGAGGAGCGUCAAGUGCCUCCUGGGUUAGCAUCGAUGUCGGAUUCAGCUUUAAGGGAUUUUCAAGACACUUUACUUCAAAAUUGUAUUUAUUAUUAUUAUAUUGUUUCGGUCAUCAGUGAGGGUUUAGAAACAAUAGAAGCUAUUUUACUAUUGGUUAUGUACAUUGAUUCGAAUUGGCUUGAGAGCACUGUUAAUUAUAUCCCUGUGUCUACUGCAGUAAGAUUUGCUCAGUAUAUGGGUUUGCAUCGGCUUGAAUCUUAUAAGCUUGAUCCCCAUGAUGAAAAAAGACGAAGAAGAAUUUGGUGGUUUUGCUAUUAUUAUGAUACAGAUUCCGCGUAUAGGACAGGAAAACCACCAAUAAUUAGCAGCAGUGAUGUCAACCUUGAUAUUGAAUAUGAAGUUGAACGGCUUAUGUCACGAGAAUAUCCAGACUUUGAACCCAUUGGAAACAUUUCUGUGGAGAACCCAAAUGUGAUGGACUUCUUAUAUGCAAAAGAGCCCAUGUUGGUUAAUCACUAUGCCAUGUUAGAAUUGACAAGGAUAAGGGCAAAAUCGUAUAGCUUGCUUUUUACGGCGGCAGACCAAGGGCAAGACUUUGAAGUAUUGGCUUCCAAUAUUGAAGAGUUAAAUGAUGAGAUGUUUCGUUUAGCUAUUCUUUUCAAAGAACUGGACAGGCCACGCUUUUAUAAUGAUCCCCAGUUUCAUUUCUUUCCGCCUUCGAUGCCUGUUAAUUUAAAAGAAAACUUGACCACGAUAUAUGUGACCUACUUUUUACAUUUGCUGAUCAUUAAUAGGCUUCCUGCUGCUUUAGAAUCACCAAAUAUUGAUUACGAUGAUGAACGCCUUACAAAGUUUAGAAAUAUAUCAUUGAAUUCAGCUAGGACAAUAUUAAUUUUAAUUAAACAGUUUGCACUUGAAAAUACUACUAUAACAUAUUUUGGUCUGGUAUUAUAUUUCUCGUGUGCUGCAUUUACUAUCCUUUCUGCUUCAGUUUUGAAUCAUCCCAACAUGCCCGAGGCUAUCAACGAUAUCAAUUUACUACUCGAAUACACAAUGCAGUAUUCCAAAAUAACAAUGGAAAUGGGAGAAAGUCCCUUGGAGAGCUUAUGUGCCAAGAAGGAUUUGGCGGUUGGGUUUGCCAUUAUGUUAUUAUUGCAAGUCGUCAUCCGACAUUUUGAAAAUCAAACUGGCUCAAAAGUAUUCAGUUCUAAUGAACGGGUUCAAGAGCAUUUCAAAGACCUUUAUUCUAUGUUUCCUGAUUUAUACAAGUCAAAACAAGAAUUCAAAUCCAAGCUAUUCUCCGUAUUUGGUUCAUCUCCUAUAGGGGUCGUUUUCCGAAAUUCAUUCUCAAGUGCUUCACUGAGCGUGAGUACAAAUUCACAAAGUCAUAACCAAUCACCCAUGUACACUAAUACCACAGUAUCAACACAACCAAACGUGCGUCUUCCUGACAUGUCUACCCAUGGUCCAACUCAGGUUCCAGCAUUUGGUAAAUCAACGGUGAAUUAUCCAUCUAAUAUUCAAACCCAGCCUACCCCUGCAUCAAGCUACCCCACCGUUGAUAGCAAAAUUGAAGAAUCUUAUGACGCUAUCUCUGAUUAUAUCACUACCGAUGGUAUGCAAAAUAUGUAUUUCAAUCAGAUGAAUAAUUUACCCAAUUUCUUUUUCGACAAUAAUUUGGGUAUAUGA